ACUAUAUUUGGAUGUGUCUUGGAGAGCCCACGUUUAGAAAUGCUGACGACAGGCUUGAGGGCAGCUGAGCCCCACUAGACACCGAGGACACCCAUGGCCCUGGCUGCACCCUUCAACAUGACCCACCCACAGCCUGCCAUUGAAGGAGGGCUCUCCGAGGUCGAGACCAUCUCCCAACACGUCGAUGAGGAGACCACGAGCACUGCCCCGGGGCCGCUGCCCCCCCGGGCCCUGCCUCUGGCGGCGGUCGACCUGUCUACGGCGGGCUCGCAGCUCCUGUCGAACCUGGACGAAGAGUACCAAAGAGAAGGGUCUAACUGGCUGAAGCCCUGCUGCGGGAAGGGAGCGGCUGUGUGGCAGGUAUUUUUGCUCAGUGCGAGUCUCAACAGUUUCCUGGUAGCCUGUGUAAUAUUGGUGGCGAUCCUCCUGACCCUGGAACUGCUAAUAGAUAUAAAGCUUCUCCAGUUUUCCAGCGCGUUCCAGUUCGCCGGCGUCAUCCACUGGGUCAGUCUGGCCAUCCUCUCCGUGUUCUUCUCCGAGACUGUUCUACGGAUCGUGGUGCUUGGGAUCUGGGACUACAUCGAAAACAAAAUAGAGGUUUUUGACGGGGCUGUGAUCAUCCUGUCCCUGGCCCCCAUGGUGGCGUCCACCGUGGCCAACGGGCCCAGGAGCCCCUGGGACGCCAUCAGCCUCAUCAUCAUGCUUCGUAUCUGGCGGGUGAAGAGGGUCAUUGACGCCUACGUGCUGCCGGUGAAGCUGGAGGUGGAGCUGGUGGCCCAGCAGUACGAGAAGGCCAAGGCCAUGCAGGACGAGCAGCUGGAGCGGCUGACGCGGAUCUGCCAGGAGCAGGGGUUUGAGAUCCGGCAGCUGCGUGCGCACCUCGCGCAGCAGGACCUGGACCUGGCUGCGGAGCGCGAGGCAGCCCUGCAGGCCCCACAUGUGCUCACGCCACGGUGAAAGACGACAUGAACAGCUACAUCAGCCAGUACUACAACGGGCCCAGCAGCGACAGCGGUGUCCCGGAUCCAGCCGUGUGCGUGGUCACCACGGCCGCCAUAGACAUCCACCAGCCCAGCACCCCCUCGGACCUCUUCUCUGCCGACGCGCCCCUGAAGCCGGGCGGCAACGGCACCUGUGCCAGCCCCACUUCGGAGAGCGCUUCCCGCUCAGCCCGCAGCUCUCCACGGACUGCAGCACCGCCCGCGAGGAGCCGUCCUCGGAGCCUGGCCCCUGCCCCCUGCCACUGCCGCCUCCACCCCAGCAGCAGAUGGGGGAAGCCACUGUUCAGGACCUGUUGUCCUCCCUGUCGGAGGACCCCUGCCCACCCCAGAGGGCCUUGGACCCAGCCCCCCCGGCCCUUCCCGGCCUAACGGGCUCAGCCCACACCAGCCCCGAGCUGGAGCACAGGGUGAGUCUGUUCAACCAGAAGAACCAGGAGGGCUUCACCAUCUUCCAGACCAGGCCUGUCAUCCACCUCCAGCCCGCCGCACCCCUGCUAGAGGGCAAGUUCCGACCUCUGGAACCCAAAGAGCAGCAGCUGCACAGGGUCCCCGAGGCCUGAGCCUCCCAGCGGGCUGGGGGGGAAGAGGGGAGACAGCCAUCUUGAAGCUCUCCUGGGACCCCGGAGGCCACCAAGGGCCACCCACGGGGCCCAUGAGCCUGCCUGGCCUCCCUCAGGGUGCUGCCUGCCUCCAGGGAGGGGAGGCCAGGCCAGGAGGCCGCAGCCUGAGACCUCAAAGCCCAGAGCUGGCGCCUCCUCUCACCCUGCUCAGGGGAGGGUGGUGCUCAUGGCUGGAGUUUUUAACCGUUUUUACAAAACCAGCCUGCGGCCCAGCUGAGCGGGGUAGCGCGCGGGGCCAGCUCGGCCUCUUCUGUUGCCUUUGCUCCUGACGCCCACUGGCCCUGGGGACAGCACUGUGAGCAGCGGCCGCCCGGCCCCAACCCCAAGCCGUCUUUUCCAGGAAUCCUGGGUGGAGUCGACACAGUCACAGGACACCGGACACCGCCAUCUGAGCCUGUCAUCUGUCAUUCUCCAUUCCGGCAUGAGCAAUU